AUCUAACAUCCCCUUCAAUCUAAUAAUUCAGAGGCUAGUCUUGGAUUCUUGGUUCUAGCUCCUCUGCCCCUUUCAAAUUUUUCCAUUUGGCUUCUUCUCUUCUCUCUUCGAUACCCACCACCCCUCCCCCUGUCCCCCCCCCCCCCCCCCGGCACAACCAAACCCCCUUAAGUCAAAACCCUUUAUAUUAAUUUCUCUACAAAUACCCAUUAUUAUUACUUCCGUUUUACUCAUCUAAAAAACCUCUAGCUUUAACUAAACAUAAUGGGAACCAUUUUUUUCAUCAAUCCGUGACUUAUAAUACUUUUUACAUAAUUUUCAAAUAUGCUAAUUUUAUUUUAAAUAAAUUAAAGAUUUUAUAUUCAAAUUUACGAUCAAAAUCUGACAGUUUAACUUUUAAAAUUCGAACUGUCCCACGUAAAUUGAGACACAAGGAGUAAUUAUUAACAAGCUAGUUUUGGAUUCUUGGUUCUAACUAUUUUGCUCCUUUGGUACUUUUCCUUUUGGCUUCUUUUCUUCUCUCUUCGAUACCUACCACCCCACAAGUCAAAACCCAUUAGUACUACAUUAAUUUCGUCUCUACAAAUACCCAUUAUUACUUCCAUUUUACUCAUCUAAACAAAAACCUGCAGCUUUAAUUAAAAAUAAUGGGAACCAAUACCAAUUUUUUCAUCAAUGAUAAUGAAGAUGUGCUGAUUGAGAUAUUGAAGAGGCUGGAUGGUCGUUCAUUAGGAGUGUCCGCGUGUGUAUGCCAGCUAUGGUGCACCAUCACACGUAACGACUCAUUGUGGGAGCAUCUCUGCUUCCGCCACGUGUCACCACCACCAGAGGGUGUGAGGUCGGUGGUGUUGGCUCUCGGAGGGUACCGGAGGAUGUACAUGGUGUGUGUAAGGCCAGUGUUGAAUAGACUGAGAAUAUGCAGACCGACCGGAGUGGAAGAUUAUUGGAUUCGACAUGAAGUGGAGUUGUCGUUGUCGUUGUUUUGUGUGGAGUAUUAUGAAAGAGUGUUGUUAGGUGGUGGUGUGUUGUUGGGUGGUGGCAGUGGCGGUGGUGGUAGAAGACACGGUGGAGAUGGUGGUUGCACGUCGUCGCUUAUGUUCCUUUGCAAGGCUGUGAAUGUUUGAAUUAAAAGUUUGAAGUUGGAGAUAUGAAGCCUCAUUAUUCUUUUAUCUUAGUUACGUACUUCCUAUUUCCUUCUUCUCAUGUUUGGUAAAUGAAAUUUCUACUAUUUGAUGAUA